AUGGUGGUGCUGCUGCUGGGCGCCGCAGUUCCACCAAAGAUCUCCAAUAUCUCUUCAGAUAUCACUGUGAAUGAAGGCAGUAAUGUAACCCUGAUAUGUAUGGCAAAUGGACGCCCUGAACCUGUCAUCACCUGGAGACACCUCACCCCUACAGCUAGAGAAUUUGAAGGUGAUGAAGAGUUCUUGGAGAUCCUGGGGAUAACACGAGAGCAAUCGGGCAAGUAUGAGUGCAAAGCGGCAAAUGAAGUUUCCACAGCAGAUGUCAAACAAGUCCGAGUCACUGUGAAUUACCCUCCCACCAUCACGGAAUCCAAGAGCAAUGAAUCUGCUACAGGACGACAAGCUUCACUCAAGUGUGCAGCCUCUGCUGUGCCUACGCCUGAUUUUGAGUGGUACAGAGAUGACACAAGGAUAAAUAAUGCCAAUGGUCUGGAGAUCAGAAGCACGGGGAGCCAGUCCUUCCUGACAGUGGCCAACGUCACUGAAGAACAUUACGGCAACUACACUUGCGUGGCUACCAACAAACUGGGAAUCACAAAUGCUAGCCUAUUUCUUUACAAGAAAAUAUUACCCACACUCCCCAAUCCUUUUUCAGGUCAGUAUAUGCUUUAUGUCACAGUAGCUUUUUGA